CCCCCACAUUGAACUCCGCCUCGAACAUCACCAGCUUCUCACAUCCGUUGGCCGCGAAUAUUCCGCAUUGCAAGGCGACGCACGGCGUCUUUUGUUUCAACUAAAUCCGAUAAUUUAUUCGAUAUACGAGACUGCAUCAACGCCACUGCUGCUUCGUCUACCGCCUUAGCUUCCUUCCUCUCCGUCAUGGCCGACGACAACGACAACUUCUCCAACGUGUCUUGGAGCGAGCCACCCGAGCCAGAAAACAUGCAAGCAUACACCUCAGACGACGACUUCAAGCCUACAAUAUCUGCUGGUGCCGAGGUAGGCGGCCACAGCGCUGCUACCGGUGGCCACGCCAUGGGCGAAGAGCAGCUCGACUGCACCGUUGGCACACCCAUCAAGGAGAAUGACGGCACAAAGGACGCAUUCAUCUCCUAUCUAGUCACCACAAAAUCCUCCUUCUCAUCCUUCCAAAAAGGCACCACCACAGUUCGCCGCCGCUUCACAGACUUUGUCUUUCUCUAUAAGCAACUCCAGCGCGAGUUCCCCGCCGCCGCUGUGCCGCCUCUCCCCGACAAACUGCGCAUGGAAUAUGUCCGCGGCGACCGCUUUGGACCCGACUUCACAUCCCGCCGAGCCAACUCGCUACAGCGCUUCCUCGUCCGCCUCUCCCUGCACCCGGUACUGCGCCGCGCCCCGAUCCUCCACCAUUUCCUCGAGAGCAAUGACUGGAACGCCACUGUGCGCAGCAGAAACAACAGAGCCAGCGUCGCGGGUGACCCCAGCUCGGCCGGUGGCGCAAGCGGCGUCUUUGAUAACUUUGCCGAUACCUUUAUCAACGCCUUUACCAAGGUCAACAAGCCCGAUCGCCGCUUCAUCGAGGUUAAGGACAAGAGCGACAGGCUAGACGAAGAUCUAGCACACAUUGAAAAAGUGGUAGCCCGCGUGGCCCGCAGAGAAGGUGACUUGGAAGUAGACAUGCGCGAUCUGGCCGAGCAGUUCCAGAAGCUGGUGGCCCUCGAGCCUGGCGUUGAGCCUGCCGUGCACGGGUUUGCAGCAUCGAUAGAGGACACGGCCCAACACAUCCACCAGCUCAAAGACAUUACAGAUCACGACUACCUCGGAUCGCUACGCGAUAUGCAGGCCUACUCGCUGUCUGUCAAGCACCUGCUACGCGCCCGCGAGCAGAAGCAGCUCGACUUUGAGCAGCUGACAGAGUACCUCAACAAAUCUACAAUAGAGCGUGAUCAGCUGCAGUCGGGCCACCAGUCAUCAGGCCCGGGGGGCUUUCUGCGCAGUAAGCUCGAAGACGUCCGUGGCGUGGACCACGAGCAGGCGCGGCGUGAGCGAACGCGAAAGUUGGAGCUGCGUGUCGACGAACUAACCCACGAGGUGGAGCUGGCCAGACGGACGAGUGAGAUGUUUAACGAAGAGGUUGUUCGUGAAGUCGCCGACUUUGAGCGCAUCAAGCGCCUGGAAAUGAAGGCCCAGUUGCAGGGUCUAGCGGAUGCCCACGUCGACUUUUACGAUAAGGUGGCAGACGUUUGGACUGGCUACAUUAACGAAAUGGAAAGCAAGUAGACUGUCGUGUCAUAUGCCGUUACAGUUAUCAACAUCAUUCCGGGAACCCCAGAGUUUGUUCUUCUUUAGCCACAUAUUUUAUACAUCCGAUACGAAGGCCCCAUCUGGCGCAGCUUUUGUUUACAUUGCAUGGAUAUUAUUAUAAUCAAGUACAACGUUUUGCUGCCUUACCAUUUGCGUCUUUGUACCGCUAAUACUAUUGCUAUUGCUGUGGCAGUUAUUGAUCAUGGCGGUUUGACACUGAUAUGGUACUGGAUAGCUGGCAGGACUAUGAAAAGGACCUGACUCUCUCUUUUUGAAUGCAUAAAAGUCUAAUUAAACAGAGGCUCCAAUGAAUACUCCUAGUUAAUCAAAAGCAGCUCCACCGUGCAACUACCAUGAACUACGAAAGACGAAAAAAAAAAGCAAGCGUCUCCUAGAAAUAAUAAAACACUUAGCGGCGCAGUGGGACAACUUCUCUGUCAGACUCAUCGUCGCUAUCGCCGCCAAUGACGUGCUGCUGCUGGUGCUGGUCGGCGUCUCUCUCGCCAGGGAUGCCCGCCAACUUCUCGGCGGAGCGGUCUCUAUACGCAUCGUACUCAUCGUCAUCAUCUUCUUCAUCAUCGCUACCGUCCGCAAACGCAUCGUACAGUUCGCCACCACGCGUCCUCUUGUUGCCGGCACCCUUUUCGGCGCCGCUGAGACCCUCGCCCUCUUCCUCGUCAAUAAGCUCAAAGUCGUAGUUGUUGCGCGAUUCGCGGAGGCGGCGGCGGCGCGCAAGGUAAAAGUACACGGCGAGGCCGGUGCAGAAGGCGCCAAUCAGACCAAUGGCGCCGUAGAUCCAGAUCUGAGCCUUCUUCGAGGCACCAAAGGUAGGGAGCCACGAGACCCACGAUGAUGCAGGCUUGUUAGCAGUCUCAUGCUCCGUGGGCUUGGUCGGGCGUUCUGGGUGGUCGCUGGGGACGCUGCUGCCUUCCACAGCAUCCGGGCCUGUGGCCUGGGGAGGCAGGUUAGUUACGGCGGCAGUAGUGGUGACGACGGGAAUAUCCUUGUCGUGGUCCUCGUCAUCCUUGUCUGUGGGCAUUGGCAAAAGAGUUGCUUUGCUGGCAUCGAUGGACUCGCCCCAAAGCUUCAGGUGCCAGUCUACGAAUUUGCCAGUUUUGCCGUUGGCAACUGUGUCGCGAACAAUAAUAGUCCAUUUGCCAACACCACGCUCUCCCCAAUGAACGACACUCAUAAAGGUCCAGUCUUCGUAUCCAGCCUUGUACUCGUCAUUCUUACGAGCGGUGGCGAUGUGGCUAAUGAUGUUGUCAGGGCUGAUCAAAUCGACGCUGAGAUCACCACGGCGUGUGUGUUCCACGUUCAUUGUCACUGUGACGUGCUCGAGUCGGGCCAGGUUAGCCUCCUUGAGCAUAUCUUCAGUGACCUCAAAAGUGGCAACAAGGCCAUCCUUGCCCUCGGGGAUAUCUUUGCGCACAUGCAGCCAAGGGGAAAAGUACCAUGCCUGCGGUUUGACCUUGGCCCAGGUUUUGGCAAGUUGGACGAUGCUGUAUGAGUCAACCUUGCCGUAGCCAUAAGUGUGAGAAAAGUGUUUGCCAAUGGCUGUCUUUUGCCAUUCAGCAUCCUUGUCCUGCACUUUGACGGCGGUCUCAAGAGCAAGGUACUGCAUAUCACGCCAGGUAAGAUCCGGACGAACUUCCAUGACCAAUGCAAAGAUACCAGCAGCAAGCGGUGCAGCGGCUGAUGUACCGCCGUGGUUGCUCGCGCAGUUGUUUUCUCCCACAUCUGUCGUGUGCUAUUGAGAUAUUAGUAUAGAAGAUUGCAGAUCUGAUCUUGGUAAACAUACAAUAGUAUCGCCAGCUCCACUGCUAUACGUCACAACGAGCUGUGCAGAGCAUAGUUCUGAGUAGUAUGGGUGAUUGCCGGCGCGAUCGACGGCACCGACAGUAAUGCUGUAAAUGGAAUUUGUGUACCCAUCAAAGUUGCAGUUGUCGUCAGAGGCAGCGCCAUUGCCACUGGCAAACACAUAUACGGAUCCAAGGCCACCACGGCCCUUUUGAAUGCCGGUGAGCAUGGCACGUCUGAUGAGCAAGCCGGGGGCUUCCAUAGAUCGGCCAUCGUCAGGGGGUCCCCAGGAGCAGGAGUAAAUUUGGUUCUUGUCAUACUUGUAAAUCAUGGCAGCCGCUUCAUCCAUAUCGCUGAUGGGCUUGCUGAGGAUACGAAUACCGGCGAUUUUCGAAUUGUAUGCCACACCAAUACCGCAAAUCUCAUUCUUGACGGCGGAAACCUCUCCAGCACAACGGGUGCCGUGCGUGUCAGCAGCGAGCUCAGGGGCCGGUUCGGGGUCGUUAUCGUUGAAGUCCCAAGAGCCUUCGGCAAAGUAGUUGUCUUUCAGAUCUUUGGAGUGCAUGUCGAGACCGUCGUCCACAAUGGCAACAGUGGCGUUUUUUCCGGUAACGCCUUCGAGCCAGACAUUUGUGACGUUGACGUCGUGGCCAAUCUGAACGGUAUUGUAUAGAUGCCAUUGGUCGUGAAAGAUUGGGUCCGCAAUGCCAAGGGUAGCCAUGAGCUUCUUCUGGUUCUUCGCUGCCCACACCUUCGGAUCUUCCUGUCGGGGAUAGUAGCCGUUGGGGGGUGGAGGAAUCUCGCGUUUUGCCAUCAUGCGGGCUUGCUGCUUCUGGGAGAUGCGAACGCCAUCCAGGACAUCAUAGCCGCCAACACUGCGUUUUGUCCGUCUUCGCUCGUGGAGUUGUCGUCGUACGACGUCAUGGUCGUGCUUUGUGGUGCUGAAGAUGUGGUGGUCGUCGAGUGUGCUCAGCUGGCCCUCGUGCCUCAUCCCGAUACGGGACGCUACGCCAUCGGGGUGCGUAUUCUGGUCAAGAUGGAGGACAUAGUAAUCGUUGUUGUCGUAGUCGCGGUGUAUGUGAGCAGUCGACAAGGUUGCCAGGCCAAGGAGGCCAAGGAGAGUGGCCUUCAUGGUGUGACCUGGACGGACGGUCAAGAAGGCGAGUGCGAAUGUGUAUGUACAAUGGGAUCAAAACUUCUAUAUGGUCGUCGC